AAUGGGGAGAUAUUCUAAAGAAAGACAUGCUGAGAAUCGAUUAAUGUUGGUUGAGAGAAGUAGAAAACAACAAACAGUUCCGUAUUUAGUAAAUUAUACGGAUUCGCAAGAUGUUAUUAUCAAAUGUAGAGACUCUUUAUCAUUUUUUUUAAAUAUAUGUUGGCAUAAUGAAAUGGAAGGCUUUGAACAAAAAUUUAAGCAGGCAGUGCAGAGUUUAGAAUCAGGUAGUUUUCCAAGAAAUGAUUUUAUGGAUAUUUAUAAGGUAACAGGAACUGAUAUUGAUGGAAGACGUGUUUUUAUGCAAUUCAUGGAACAAGUUCAUGAAACUGUUCUAACUCGUUUUGUACAAGGCUUGAGAAGUUUACCCGCUUUGCACGAUCUUGAUUUUGAUGAAUUUUGUAGAGUAGUCAUUGCUCAGAAAGAUGAAAUUCAUUUUAUAAUAGCCUGCUCAGGAGGGGCUCUAUGGAAAGAUAACAGAGUAAUCAUAAAUCUUGACGCUGAUCAUUCUUUAGAGGUUUCUAGAGAAGAUAUCGUUAACUUUUCAGAUGAAUCACUAGUACAAUGUCAAGAAAAGAUUAGUUCUCGUGCUCAAAAUAUAAAUAUGACAUUUGAAGAAACAGCAUUCAUAGUUGCCCUUAACGCUCUAAAACCAACUGUUGAAAAUCCACAUUUUAAAAGACAAUACGAAAGAUUUACUUUGGCAUUUACACGCUAUCUUCAAUCUGUACACGGUAAAAACUAUCAUAAAAGAUUAUUUGAAAUAAUUGACUUUGUAAGUUAUACUAAAGUGCAACUCUUUCAUGGAGUUAAAAACAUUAUUGAACAUAUGGAUUAUAUUAAAUCAUUCUAUCGUACUAAAUUAGUUAAAGACGUACUAUUUGAAGCGGAUUAUGAUAAAUGUCUCAAUAUGUUAAACUUUCAUUAUGGGGCAAAUACUUGUGAAGCUUGCAAAAUAUUCUAUCGAAGAAGUCUGACAAGGCCCUCAAACUACGUUUGCGUAACUAAGAAGAAUUUAUGUUUUCCGGGUGAAAACUUUAGGUUUGCUUGUAAAAAGUGUAGAUUUGAUAAAUGUGUUGAGAUUGGAAUGUCCAAAGAUAGCAUAAAAAUUGGACGAUAUUCGUUAGAGAGGCAUGAAAAGAAUAGGAAAACUCUAAAAGACCUAAAAAACAAAUCCAUAAAUAUACCUUAUCUUCCAAUUGGUAGCGAUUCACAAGAUAUUGUAGUUUUAUGUCAAAAUUGUUUUUCUUUAUUUCCAAUUAAAGACUGGACCACGAAAGUUGACGGCCUUAGGGAAAAAGUCUUAAGGGUUAAUGAAGUAUUUGAUGAUCAUCUUUAUAAUUCUGAGCAAUUUAUGGACAUAUACGAAACAGUUGGAGUAGAAAUAGACAAUAGACGCGUAUUCGCUGAAUUAUUUGAAAUGAUAAUAACAACUGUAUUUAACGGAUUUUCAGAAGCGUUGAUAAAUUUGCCUAUUGCCAAAGAACUACAGCCUGAAGAUUUUUUUUCAAAAGCUCUAGAGUCCCUAGAAGACGUAAACUUGAUUAUGGCUAGUUUCUCGCUAUCACUCUGGAAAAAUGAUUCCUUGGCCAUUCCAUUUGAUGAUAACCUUACUCUUAAUAUACCUAAGUCGAGCUUAGCACAAAUAGUAGAUGUAAACCUACUAGAUAGUCAAAAAGAAACAAUAGAGAUACUGUCGCAGUUACAUAUAACAUUUGAGGAAGCAAUUUUUAUCACUACUCUUAAUUUUCUUAAACCCACAACUAAAUAUCCACAACUUCACGGUAUAUAUGAAAGAUUCACAUUAGCUUUUACCAGAUAUCUUGAGAAUAAAUACGGUAGUAGCUUCCAUUACGGGGCUUAUACCUGCGAGGGUUGUAAAGUUUUCUUCACUAGAAGUUCAAAGAAAUACAUCGAUUAUGUGUGUCUUACAAACAGAAAACAAUGUGUGUCGAAUACCGAUUAUGCUUUCUCCUGUAAAUUUUGUAGAUAUAAAAAGUGUUUGGCUGUAGGAAUGUCCAGAGGAAAUAUUAAAAUAGGAAGAUACUCAAAGAGAAUGCAUGAACAAAAAGAUCUCUUAUUAACUCAUAUUGAAAAGGAAAAAUUAUCUGUUCCGUAUUUACCAAAGUAUACAGAUUCUCAUAAUAUGAUCAUAGCUUGCAGAACAUCAUUUAACAAUUUUUUCCAUAUUGAUUGGGGUAGCGAAAUCCAAGGAUUAAAUGAUAUAUAUAAUAAGGCUAAAGGGUUUGUCGAUCAAGGUACGUUUAGUAAAGAUGAAUAUAUGGAUAUCUAUAAGGUAACUGGAAUUGAAGUAGACAGUCGAAAAGCUUUCGUUAACUUUACAGCAUCAAUUAUGCAUACUUCAUUUAAAGUUUUCUUUAGCGCUAUAAGGAGUUUACCAAUCAUGGAUAGUUUAUCUCUUGAAGAUGUCUACCAAAUUGUUCUUAGGAAUAAACACGAUAUGUUCCUAUUAAUUACAGUUGCCUUACGAAAUUUAUGGAGUGAAGAAAAGUUAAUUAUCAAUUUAAAUGAUAAAUAUAAGAUUAGCCUUAAUAAAUCCGAUAUAAAUAAUUUGUCUGGUAAUCAGGUAGCCACAGCCUAUGAAGAGAAUACCAAUCGUAUAAUUAACGCUAGUAUUACUUAUGAAGAGGCAAUAUUGAUGAUAGCUUUAAAUAUGAGCACUCCAAUAAAAAAGUAUCCUAAUCUCAAAGGUAUUCAUGAGAGAUUGACUCUGGCUUUCACUAGAUAUUUGGAAGCCAACUACGGUAAAACAUAUUACGUCAGGCUAGCAGAACUUGUAAAUUUGAUGGCAUCUAUGAGGGAAAGUUUCUUUUUACUAGAAAACUGGAUGACUGAAAACGAGGAAUAUCUUAACAUUAUAUAUCAAAGUGAUAUAAUGAAAAUCUUUUUUAUGAAUUUAAAACUUGAACAAGCUGUAGAGCUACUAAUGAAUCUUACUCUAUAA